UCUCGAUCUCUGGUCAAUUUCUUUAUCAUGGCCAAUAUUUUCUUCGAUAUCCCAGAUGACAUUUCAAGGUCUACUUCAGAUGCACCAACAAUGCACUACACAGUCAAAAUAAAAUCAUUUUCAUUACUUGCAAAGAAUUCAAUGGAAAGAUAUGAAACGGGGGAAUUUGAAUCUGGAGGUUACAAGUGGAAAUUGGUUAUCUACCCCAAUGGAAACAAGAACAACAAUGUAGACAAGCACAUGUCUCUCUACUUGGCCAUUGAAGCAGAAGAUUUACGGCCUCCUGGUUGGGAAGUGCAUGCAAUUUUCCGAUUUUUCUUGCAUGAUCAGAUCAGGGACAACUACCUGACUAUUGAAGAUAUCCACUCUUUGCAUACUCAUUUAAUGAUAUUAUCGAAGUAUACCAAAAAAAAGGAAAGGCUCUUUCGUGGAAUAAAGCUUGAGUGGGGCUAUGAUAAAGUCAUUCCUCUCAAAACUUUUAAUGAUGCCAGCAAUGGAUAUCUUGUUGAUGACACGUGUGUGUUUGGAGCUGAGGUCUUUGUUAGUAAGCAAAGAAGCAUGGACAAAGUAGAGUGUCUAGCACUAAUAAAGGAUUCCAUUACAAAAAAGUCUGUCAUUAGAUUCGAUUACUACUCUGAGUUGACCGGAGAAUCUCAUUACUCAGCGCCAUUCAAUGUUGGAAAUCAUAAAUGGAAGAUACGUAUCUGUCCCAUUGGAGAAGGCAUUGGAAUGGGUAUCUAUAAUUCUCUGUAUUUGGCUCUGGCUGAUCCAAAAAGCCUUCUUCCUGGUAUGAAAAUUUUUGCGGACUUCACGUUGCGCAUCCUGGACCAAGUAUAUGGGUGGAAGCAUCAAUAUGCUAAACUUAGCAGAUGGUUUAGUGCCUCAAGCCAUGAGCAUGGUUGGAACCGAUUCAUCUCAAUCAGUUCUUCCAAUCUGACCAACUUGGGUUUACUGAGGAGGGACACGAUGUUGGUGGAAGCAGAGAUCACUAUCCUUGCCGUGGUUAAUGCAACAUCCUGA